UGGUUUUGAGUAUGGUUUUGAGUAGAGUGUUCUUGAAACAUGGACGCUUUUAUGAAAGCAUUUAAAUACUAUAAACAACGAAAACCACCCCCUGAUUUAUCCCACGUCAUAGACUUCGAAACACCAGACAAAUAUAAAGAUAUGGUUGUGCCUGUGUCUGUAAGCUCAUUAGAUGAUGAUAGAAGGUUGUCAAGUCUUGGACUGAGAAGUGGCUCUGAAUGGGAAAUAUUUUCUGUCAAGGACAGUCCUGGGUUUUUUUUCAUCAAGAAUCCAUUUUUACCCGGUGUGCAGUGGGAUUUGGUUACAAGGUGUUUGGAGGUUUAUUUAUGCAAACCAAACAUAUCCAACCUUGAUGCCCACAUGGAAAUCAAAACCAGCAUCUGGGAUAGCAGUCAGGACAGCUUAGACAAAAAGUCGCCUCUAUAUAAACUACGUUGGGUUACUAUUGGAUACCAUUACAACUGGGAUACUAAGACCUACAGCCCAGACAACAAGUCAGACUUUCCUCAAGACUUAGACCAAUUGUUUGUUAGAAUUGCAAAUACAUUAGGAUAUGAAAAAUUUUCACCUGAGGCUGGUAUAAUCAACUACUAUCACCUGGACUCAACACUUGCAGGCCAUACAGAUCACUCAGAGUUUGACUUGGAAGCUCCACUUUUCUCUCUCAGUCUUGGCCAAUCAGCAAUCUUUCUUCUUGGCGGGAAAAGUCGCGACGACGCGCCUGUUCCUAUGUACAUGCGCAGUGGAGACAUAAUGGUUAUGGCGGGAAAAUCAAGGUUAGCGUAUCACGCUGUACCACGUGUUUUAUCUCCGCCCAGUGAUCAGAAGUCGAUUCCUUCUUGCUUGAAACCACCGUGUUUUGACCAGAGUCAACAUAAACUACUCUCUUGUCCAUCAAAGGCCAUGGACACAAUUUCAACGAAUGAACAAUCUGAACACAAAACAGUGCGAAGAGAAGCAGGCGAACUGUUAACUAAAAGGAAGAAUCUUGAUGGUGAAGAAUGUGCUUCAGGUGUGAGCUUAUCUCUCGAGAAAACAGAAACUGAUCUAAUCUUGCAGUACUUGUCCUGUUCAAGAAUAAACAUCAAUAUCAGACAGGUACUUCGAACUGGUCAAAGCUUCCCAGUAGAUCGAAUUACGUAGCUUGUUAGUGUAUUCUAUGCCGAUUUGGGUCGCAUCAGUACUGCCGCAAUUUCGAUGACAAUUUCCAGAAAACGCGCCWUAAAAUCCUAUGGGUAUCUGGUCGUUCCGAUCCGGGAAAUAAUAAUAUUUAAGUUGUAUUUAUGAGGUGUAGUUAGAGAUGGUUGGCGAAGGAGCGCGAUCGAGGCCUGAUGUAUCACCUGGCACGAAUUAGAUACGCCAGGUCAUUUUAUGAGGCUCCAACUUCAAGUGCAUUGCAAUAACUGAUUGAACUACGAAUCAUAGUGGUAACUGCGUCUCGUAUUGUUUUCAUCUUUUAUUUCUUCCAAAGGUAUAAAGUGAGAUUUUUACGAGUCUAGCCGAGUUUGGGGGAAAUUUGUCUGUAAAUAUAUCUUUUAAUCUUACAGCACAGUUCUUUACACAAGUAGUUUGAGAUAAAAAUACAUGCAGUUAAUAAUAAAUCGUUCAAUGAAUU